UCUUCAUCGCGCUUCGUUUCCCAGGCGCUGCGUGAGCUAUUCGCCAUCAUGUCUCCGGCCCCGGCGCUUCCCUCGGAAAUCCAGCUAGCGCAGCGGCUGGCCGGCAACGAGAAGACGACCCGAGACCGUGCGGUGAGGAAGCUCCGGAGAUACAUCCGCGCCAAGACCGGAGCCGCCUCAGGUGGUUUCAAUCAUGAAGAAUUGCUAAAAAUAUGGAAAGGGCUUUUCUACUGUAUGUGGAUGCAGGACAAACCUCUCCUACAGGAGGAACUUGGAAAUACAAUUUCCCAGCUCAUUCAUGUUUUUCAGAACACAGAAUCCCAGCACCUGUUUGUUCAGACUUUUUGGCAAACCAUGAGCCGUGAGUGGAUUGGAAUAGACCGAUUGCGCUUGGAUAAGUUCUACACGCUAAUGCGCCUGCUUCUGAACCAGUCCUUCGAGGCAUUAAAAAGAAAUGGAUGGGAGGAAAGUCAGGUUGAACUACUUGUGGAUAUCCUAGUGAAAGAAAUUUUGAACCCAGACAGUCAGGCACCUUGUGGAGUGAAGUCCCACUUUAUUGACAUCUACUUAGAAGAACUGACUAAAGUAGGAGCAGAAGAGCUUACAGCAGAUCAAAACCUGAAGUUUAUUGUUCCAUUCUGCAAAAUUGCAGCUAAGACAAAGGAUUCUACUUUGCUGUAUAAUAUAGUCGGAGGUAUCUUUGAAGCAAUUUUGGAGCAAGCUCCCUUUGCCAUUGAAGAUUUAAUAAGAGAAUUAAAUGCAAACGAAGAGGACAGUGAACUAUUUGAAGCCGAAUCAGAUGAUAUGACAUCGAUAAGAUUACCUAGGAAGCAAAAGAAAGGAACGAAAGGAAAGGAUUCCUCUCUAAGCGAAGAUAAACCAAAAGUGAAAAAGCAGAGUGGUGGCAAGGGACACAUUGGGCUUUUCCUUCAGUUUAACUAUGAGGAAAUUGCCAAUAGACUGUUUGAAAUGGCCAGCAGGCAAAGCACUCCUUCCUUAAAUAGGAAGCGUCUCUACAAGCUGGUCAGAAAAUUCCAGAGCCUUGCUGAAGGCAUAUUCCCUCAAGAUGGCCUUCCUCAGCGUAAAAAGUCAAACCGGAACAGGCUUCAGCAAAAGAAGACUUGUUUGCCAAAAUCAAAAUUGCAAAAAGAGAAAGGGAAAAAAGAUGAAAAGCAGAAUAUGGAGACAGCUCUGACUUUUGAGAAAGAUAGGUCAAGAGCUACGAAGAGAAGGGAGAUAAAUAAAAGGAAGAAUAUGAGUACUGAUUCUUCUUUUCCAAGUGACAUAGGCAUGUCUGAUACAGUUGUUUCCUUAAAUCCUCAAAACAACAGCUCAAGAAGAGCAUGUAAAAGAACAAAGGGUCAAGGACCAAAAGCCUUUAAAGUAAUAGAUGGCGGCUUCCAAGACCCAAAUAAGAAUGAUGAAACAGAGACCCAAAAGAAUGAAGAAAAACUGACAGACCUUGAGGUGAUGCCAGCCAUUGGCAAAAGCAGGAAAGAAGAUGCUUGUAAGAAGAUAGAGACGGAGGAACAACAAAAGAAAAACUUGUGCACCACACUUCAGAAGGCUUAUACAGAAACUCCUUCUGUGAAAGGAUUGCCAGCACAUCCUAUUAUUUCCUCAAAGCCAGAAAGUAAUGACAUAGGAACUCCUAAAUUGGUCACAAAGCAAAGGAAGCAAGUUGUUAAUGGAAGCAACCACAUUAUUCCCCAGGUAGCCUCAAAGGUUUCUUCAGAAACAGUUAAUGUGAAAGAGUUACAGUUAAGUAGAACCAGUGACUUAGAGACAGAGUAUCAGGAUGUAGCUACCACUAAAAUGAUAAAAAAGAAACAUAAGCGGGUUAGCAGAAACAGCGUUGUUCCUCCCCAGAAAGACAAGGCCAAGUUAUCCAAAAGGGAGUUGGCAGAGAGUACAGAAAAUCCAACAGAUUGUGAUUUUCUUCCCCCUCCAAAAAGGCCAAACAGGAGUGUCAGUAGAUCAACAGAUUCUUUAAAAAGGAAAAAUAAACUAAUUUUUUGGUCUCUAGGACCAAGGAUGCUUUUCAGAUCUCCGGGUAGAAGAGUGAAAAGAAACACAAAGAAAGAUCUUUAAUGCUUUCUAAGUGUUAGGACUGGUUUUCUGGGUGAUCUUUGAGGAGUACAACUUCCAAAAAAGAGUGGGCAAAAGAAAUGUUUUCUAUCCCAAGGCAAAUAAGCAUUCCUUCAUUUGCAAGGAAUCACAUUAAAAAUAUUAUUUUUUUUCAGCAAUAAAAACUGAGUUGUGGCACAAGAA